AUUCCGCGACUCUCGGCAGUCACCGCACGCCUGGUACCAUGGCUUCCUCUGGGGUGGCGGGUGGGAGACAAGCCGAAGAUACACUGCAGCCACCGCCCGAACUGCUGCCGGAGUCCAAGCCGCCGCCUCCGCCUCAGCCUCUACCGGUCGCCGCGCUCCCGCCGCCGCCAGCUGCCCGCCCUCAGUCCCCCGCAGGCGUGAAGGAGGAGAAUUACUCCUUUUUGCCGUUGGUUCACAAUGUCAUCAAAUGCAUGGACAAGGACAGCCCAGAUCUCCACCAGGACCUGAAUGCUCUCAAAACAAAGUUCCAAGAGAUGCGGAAGCUCAUAGGCACCAUGCCCGGCAUCCAUGUGAGCCCUGAGCAGCAACAGCAGCAGCUUCACAGCCUCCGGGAACAAGUCAGGACCAAGAAUGAGCUUCUACAGAAGUACAAGAGUCUCUGCAUGUUUGAGAUCCCGAAAGAGUAGGACCAGCUCUCAGGAUAGCUGCCAAGGGACUGAAAGCUUCACACCAGUGGUGUCCAGCUCCUUGGGAGCCCAGCUCUAAACUGGGAGGCCACAUGUGCUGGUGUGGGGCCUCAGUGGCUGUACUCAAGUCUUACUAGCUAUGCCCUGGCCCCAUCAGCAGAUCUAGAGGGCACAGAAGGAGAGGAGGUGGCUGUUCCCUUCUUUCCCUUAGCUCCUACCACUCCUGAUAUCAUCGGUGUAUAUCUGGUACAUACUGUUCCUGUUAAUGGCAGUUUCAUGAAGCAUUUGCAUAGAAUUCGUGGGAUAAAUUAGGCCUGCACUCAGAUGGCAUGGAUUUAAUAUAAUUAAAGAAGGCUGGGAGAGUGUGAACAUUGUUUUGAAAGGCCAGAGGGUGGGUGGCUUCUCCCCCAAAACAGUUCACUUCCUUUUUUUGUUUGAGCUACUGAAUGAACCUGGAUCUCCGGGCGUCAUCCCAGAGCUCUGCCAGCCAGCCACCAACUCCAGUUUGCAGCCUCCUGCACACUAGCCUUGUAGACUCCUGCUCCCUUUAUCUCCAUCACUCCAGGCAGUGCUCAGAAUAGCCAAAGCACUGCUUGCCUGGGGCCUUUUGUCCUUCCCACGCUGGCUCAAAGAGGCUGUUGAACUAGCAGCUCUGCCCUGAUUCAUAGGCCCUAGCUUACCACGUCAUCUCCUCGCUAGCCAAGGAGUCAGCCACAUUUGCUACCCUGCACAUGGUCCCUGCACACUUCUGGUUUGGAGCAGAGUGCCUGGAAGGGGUAAUUGGGGUGGUCCUUCAGCCAGGUCUGUCGGGCAGGGGUAGCUAAGCCUGGAGGUUCUAGAGCUGUGUGCUAGUUGUAGAGUGUGCCCUGCUAGUCCCGUGGGGGACACUGUGUUCUCUCCCUCCCAGGGGCUGUCACACUGAGGGCUCUCGUGAGUAAGGUGAGAAGUACUCAAUAUUGUUUGGAUCUUGAAAUGGGCACAGCCUGGGUUGACCAGUUUAGGACUUAGCAGGUGCCUGCCAGCUAACCUUGUUGGCAGAAGUACUGGCUGAGGAUGUUUUUAGCAGGGGCUCUGGUGGCAUUGUCUAUCCAAGAUGCCUCAGUUGGACCUGGGAUGUAUUAAAGAGGGUGCAGAGUUCCAGAGAUUUGGACAGAAAAGAGUUUGAGAGUAGAGUGCCAAUUAAGUCACGUCUACCUGGGAACUGCUAUUUAACUGAAUCAGUUAUUUUCUGGAAAGUUGGAGCAGUGGGUGAGCUGGUUUUAAGGUUCUGCCCCAUUUUUGUGAAACGCAGAGCACAUGAGAUGCAGGAGCUUCAGAUCCUCCUGCUAGACAGAGACAGAAAGCUCCUCAGAGGACCAGAGGGGAUCAGAAGGGAUGGAGACUUCUCUACUCCAGUGUGCUGACCUGUUACAUUUGCAAAUACGGAAUUAAAAGUGUGCUCUACUCUCAGGA